AAGAUCACUGAAGGAAAGGUUGGCCAUAAAUCCGGAGAGUUUGCCUUUGCACGAAAACGAAAACUUCCGAGAACUGAGGGGAGAGGGAGAAGGAAGGGAAAGGGCGCCGCUAGAGCUAGCUAGAAGAUGGGCCGAAGAGUAAAUCCGAUUUCCGUGAGACUUCAGCUGAAUCGUAGUUCGGAUUCAAGUCGGUUUAGUGAUUAUGAUUGUAACCAUGGGGAACCGGUGUAUCGAGAUGUCAAUCUUAUAGUGUAUUUCGGUUCGAUACGUCUACCUACGAGGAGGGGAAAAACCUUUGGCUUCCGUCUCGGUAGGUGCAUUCUUCAUCAUUCUCCCAAAAGGACAUUCAUUCAUCUCUUUCCUCCCCGUCGGAAAAUACGACGGAGACGACGCGGCAGAUCGAGACCCAGAACGCGGUGGUGGGCCAUGGGGAAAGGUUGGUCGAUCGGGCGGCGGCUCGACCGCAAGGACUCGACGCGCUCAGCCUUUAGGUCGAGGGCCCCCACGAACUAUAUCCACCCACCCACCCACCCCUAUCAUUUCCCCCCACCCGGGUAUAGAUUGGGGUGGGCCCCACUAUUCUAUGGUGGAGGAGAGCAGACGAGGGUAAGGGUGCUCUCGACCGCUAGAGAGAGGGAAACCCUCGGCCGUUACUCGGCCGAGUACCCCCCCCUUUCUACCCUUUCUAUAGUGGGGGGGUGGAUAGGGGCCCCGCUACUAUGGAUAGGGCGGGAGAGGGGCAUAAAUGCCCUAAAGGCCCUAACCGGGCUCGACGACCGGAGCGAAGUGAUCUGGAGACGCCGAUCACCAUCGAGCCAAUACUUUUUGGGAGGUUCCCACAAAUGCUACCUCCGGGUCAGCGGUUGGCUGGCCCACAAGCCGAUGAGUGUUUCGAGGAAUUCCAAUGACUUCCCCUCCGGACAACGCCCUACUAUCUAUAGGGCCAAGUGCUUCAACUUCCUCCUCCCGCGCAUUCAUAGUCAUAGUAGACGACAUAGUGGACAUGCAAAGGUUAGUGGGGCGACGACGAGUAGAAGACUUCUACAGACCAUCCCUGCUGUGCGUCCCUCCUCUAAUUACUUGGUCAUGCAAUACUCCUUUCAUAUGGAGAACCGCAUAUGGAUAUGGGGUAUCAAUCAUUUCGUGGCACCAGAUUCCAGCUUGGAUAAGAGAAUACGUUUUUUAGUAGAAAGCUUGACCGCCAAGACUCGCUCUGCUGCUGAGCCCCCCGCCCGAUCAGGCCACUAUUUAGACUUUUUAAGGUCCCUGCUCUUUCCUCUCCUCGGUGCUACCCUUUUCUUCCUAAUGGAGAACGAGAUGAGGGGUAGGCCCUACGGGAAGAGAAACAAAAGAAAACGAAAUGCCCGGAGAAAAAAACUCAUCGGUCAAUUAGGGAGGGUAUUAAGGAACCGCCUGGGGUCCACCAGAUUGGUAGAACAAUUCACAGACCUGGGGGGAUUGGUGAGGAGGAGAAUAGGAAUGAUGAUAAGGAUAAUACCGAAAAACAGAAAAAUUCCGUACGGGUACAACUAUUAUUUGAACGAAGUGCGAAAAAUGCGAUCCUUGUUGUCUGGUGGAACAAACGCGAAUACCUUCAUUGGGUCGGUCAAAAUCAAAUCUGUCUAUCAAAGUGCUUCUCCAAUUGCUCAGGACAUCUCUUUCCAACCGAGGGACGGAACAAGAUCAUUUCGUUCCAUUUUUUGGAAAAUAGUUAGGGAUAUUUCAUUAGUCAUGCCCAAAUUAAGGAAGGGGGUGGGGGGGAUCCGUAUUUGUCGUCCGGGUCGAUUGAAAGGUGCAGAAAUCGCUAGAACCGAAUGCAGGGAGUAUGGUAAAACCUCGUGUAAUACAUUUCGCCAUCAAAUCGAUUACGCUUAUGCGAAAGUCUCUACUCGUUAUGGAAUCUUAGGUGUAAAAGUGUGGAUCCCAUUCCCAAGAGGAUAAAAGGGACGUGCUAUAUCCAAAACGUACGAGAUAUCGUAAAUACCGGAAAGGCGUAUUACGUAGGGGUUGCGAAACGGGCGGUACACAACUUGGUUUCGGAAGAUAUGGCAUCAGAAGUUGUGGAGCCGGUCGUAUCUCAUAC